UCCGCGGCGCCACCUUGCCUGCUUUUUCUUCGAACGCCCCCGAGGCUACCAUCCCGCACGGUUCGCUUGCAGCAAUUCCAAAGUUCAUGCCUGGCGGAGCAUGGUUCACCUGCUAAUAAGACGGAUUUCGGCAGCUCUCGUCCAUGCAGUGGAUACGCAGAUGGUGUGGGCGAGCACCGUGAGUGCUACUGCAGGGGUAGGCGUAGCUUUGUUACUUUUGCUCACAGUUCAGGAGCGUCGAGUCGUGUGUUGGGGGACGCGACGGCCGUGACGCCUACAGACGCCCACAGACGCCCACUUGACGCCAGACCUGCUCGCUAAGGUCGUGAGGCUUCAUUACGUUGGCGCUAGACUACCAUUGGAUUUGGUCAUCGGUUCGCAAGGCCAAAGGCUUCGAAGUUGCAUACCCGUCUGAUCGAGAGGACGGCUUCUCGGUGCUAUGUGUCUUGUACUGUACAGGCACAGCAACCUGGACGGAGAGAAAGACGAGAUGAAGAAGGGGAACCGUUCGGUCGGAAACCAACGGAUCUUCGUAUACUAUAAGAAGCUAUCGUGGCCCGUCCCCGUCCCCGCGGCUAGGUGUCGGCCGCGCUCUUCCGGACUAGGUCGAACAUGCUCGGCUCAUCGGAUGCUCACACAUGCGCACCGGUCGCGAGCUUGUGUGACGGGCGCAGGAGCAGAGGAAUCGGCUGCAGCGUUGGUCCAACGCGUCCACGGAACUAGUCACAGCUGUCAUCACUCUAUCCGGGUAAGCGUGUGCGACAGCCAGAGUGUCUGCAGUUGGAUACGCACGAAGAAGUCGUGCCACCUCUCGCCUUUUCAUAUCAAGCAUCGUCAAUUGCUCCUUCGGUCUCGGGGCCAAUUCCCUCUCCUUCCGAGCCAAAAACAGCGCAGAGUCAGGUCGACGAGCAGCAUUGGUUCGACGAGUCACGAAUGCGACGAAAGCAGGUUGUACGAGAACGCCUCGGCAGGAGAGAUCACGAGACGGCCUCGUGCUGAGGGUUACUGGCCAUCCAUGGAUGACAGUCGCGCUUCGCUCUCCUUUUACGUUUUCUCGAAUCCUGCGCCUCGGACGUGGUGUGUUUCUCCCCUGCCAAGAACCGUAAAGCGGAUACAGUGGCUGCGUCCGGACAACCGCCUUGCCUGUUCCUGCUUCCAUCCCCGCACGUUUUCAGGGGCCACGCCGUUCGAGAACACGAAUCAUACGCCUCCAGCCUUCCAAGGAAAGCCGCCUGCUGUUUAGCCACCCAUGCCGUCUUCACAGAUUGCCGACCAGGUUCCGUUGGGCCUCGCAUUGGUUGCGGCCGAUCAAUUUAACGCUGCAGAAUUUUAAAGGCUGCCUUACGAAAGAGACGGCUGAUUAUCCCCUCGAUGCAACGUCCUUUCCAGACUCUGAGAGAAUUUCACUCCUUUCUGAGGAAGCUUUGAACUAAUCUGACGGACACGACAAAGCUCUGGAGCCGCCGCACA